UCGCUAGUGGUGUAAAUUUUUUUUAUAUUUCUCUUGAACUUGUGUGGGUGAAUUUUCCCCAAUUCAGCGAACUUAUUAAAAGUCUAUAAUUGUAUGUAAAUAUCUGCUACAAAACAUAUGUAUGUAGGUAAUUACUCAGCACCGCAUAACCUAUUGACUAUUUCGCUGAUCAAGGGGCCGCUAUGAGCGUAGCUGCACACUUGUGUUCAGUUAGAUUUACUCUCGCAUUCGCAUUUCUUAUCGCCAAUGCAACGGUUGCGCUAACGACGAUCAAUUCGACGACGCCAAGAGGACGGCAUGACGCUUAACUGCUACACUAAGCAAGAAUGCAAUGAUAAUUUCCGUUGGGUUUUUCUUUUUAUUUCGAAAACCAAAAGCUCCAAGGUGUUGAGCUGCAUUCAAAUUCAAAUCAUCGAUUGCGUUUAGUGUUGCGAGUGAGUGGUGUUGAGUGUGGACGUGUUUGGAAGAUCACAACCCAUACUAUUAAUGCAAAAAGACAUUAAAAAUUAUUCGAUUAUUCUAAAUAGAAGUUUAUUUGCUUUUAGUAAAAUGUUUAAAUUGGUUUUCGCACGCGCAAUAGUUCCGUUACUGUUGUUUUUGUACGUUACAACUGGCGUAGCCGGUGUUAGCUAUGGCCGUUGUGAGUCACAAUUCAACAGCAAAGGCAUCUGCGUGCAGCUGGCCGAUUGUCAAUAUAUUUUGGAUAUUCUUUCAGGAGAUUUGAAUGAGGAAGUAGAGGAAACAUUACGGAAGAGUCAGUGUGGUUAUGAUAACACGUUCACAGAGAAAAUGCACAGAAUUGUGGUUUGUUGCCCUGAAAAAUCCUUGCAAAAUACGAGUACUAGAACCGAUAUGCAGCUAGCCAACGUACAGCCUGGCAAUGUGCUCCCCUCCGCUGGCGAAUGUGGCACCUCGCUGUCUGAGUUCAUCUACGGCGGCAAUAAGACACGUAUCUUGGACUACCCCUGGAUGGCAUUAAUUCGCUAUAAAACACGCGGCAAUCAGCUUGAAUUUCUCUGUGGUGGUAGUCUUAUAAAUUCUCGCUAUGUGCUCACUGCGGCGCAUUGCCGUAAUCAGACGGAGGAGCGAACACUUCACAGCGUCCGUUUGGGUGAAUGGGAUCUAAGAACCAAUCCGGAUUGUGAAAUAGAUGUGCGUGGCAAGGAGUCAUGUGCUCCGCCCUUUAUAGAAUUGGGUAUAGAACGAGCCAUAUCACACCCAAAAUAUGUGAGCAGCUCAAACGAACAAUUCUAUGAUGUAGCUCUAUUGCGUCUGGAAGAGAGUGUAUCCUACAGUGAUUUUAUACGUCCGAUCUGUUUACCCGUGGCUCAAGAGUUGUGUGACAGCAUGUUCGUAAACUCUACCAUGGAAGUAGCUGGUUGGGGUGCAACCGAUAAACCCAAAGCAAUCUCAUCGCCACUGAAAUUGGCAAUUUCUGUGAAGGUGUGGGAAACGAAGGAUUGUGGAAAUAUUUAUAAAUCUUUAAAUCGACACAUUGAUGGUACGCACCACUUGUGCGCUGGUGGCGUUAGUGGGAUUGAUGCGUGUCGUGGAGACUCCGGAGGUCCAUUGAUGUUACCUGAGGUGCUGAAUAAUCGUAUUGUAUAUUUUGCAACGGGAAUUAUAUCGUUUGGUCCCAAGCCGUGCGGUUUCGAUGGCUGGCCGGGAGUUUACGCACGUGUGGGUACCUAUAUUGAUUGGAUAAAAAGCGUGAUAGAGAAAUGAUAAUUAAGUUGUUGAGUAUUUAUUAAAGAUGCAGCUUAAGUUCGCAAGUUUUAUUUACUCGGGAAAUUACUUACUCCUAUAGGCGGCAUACACCAUGCGUCUGACUUUCAUCAUUUGAGUCAUUUGUGUACUUGUUGACUCGCCUUCGACUACACACAGUUGAAUCAUUCAGAGUUAUUCCAGGAGUCAUGUCGGUGUAACUAAGGCAUAUUUAUUUUUACAAACACAUCCAAAC